AGAACUGCUGUUCCUAUAUCAGGGUUUCGAGUGUUUGCAGUGUCUGGAAAAUAAACCACUCUGUUUCUUAAGGUAUUUAUUUAUGUGUUUCAGUUGAAACACUAAAUGAUGGACAGAAAAGGAGGAGGAAGAUGUGCGGUACAAACUGGAACUGGAGAAAUAAGUGAAGGCUCACGUUUUUACACACAGUGUCCUCAAGGAUUGGAGAGAAGCGAUGAACCUGAGACUUUAAAACAAACCAGAGAGUCGGCAGCAGUGGAGAGCAGAGCUCACACACACACACACACACACACACACAGAAUGCACACAGCUGUUCGGUGCUGAGGGGAUCUCGCUGGAGAGGCAGAGCUGAGACUGAAGACAAAGUGAGACAUCUGUACCUGAGAGGCAGAGCUCACUGAAGAAGCAGGAGCAGCCUGGGACGUCCAAGAGUAGUGUGGAUAACAGACCAGACCUUUGCCCCCUCCUGCAAACUUUCACCUCCCAACCCCCUUCAUCUAAACCCUCAGCUCACUGACUGAGGCUUCACACUCUCCAUUGUCCAGAGGAUCUCACAUAACUGAGCAGCCGUCUACUUCAGUGUUUACAGUGGUACCAAUGGAAGCACCAACCCUUGCUGAGAUAGGAGACCUGUGUCACCCACGUUCUUCUUCUCCAGAGGGGGAAACUGUGUGUGCAGCUCUAGCCCGCUAUGAGAACACUCUCAGGGAUGCCAUCAGGGAGAUCCACUUGGAUGUCAGCGCUUUUAAGUUUGGUAUGGAGCGUCGCCUGGAGGAGACGGCUAACCUGAGCGGGCCUCUUGGACGAGCGGUGGCCCUGCUCCAGCAGGAGAACCGGCAGCUUAGGAGUCAGCUGGAAGCUCUGACCCAACAGGUGGAGCUCCUGAGUGGGGUCACAUGUAACAGGAGCACCUUGAACAACAACAACAACAGCCACAAUCACAGUCUGAAUAACAAGAAUCACCUCGGUGACAUUCAGGAGAACCAUCAGGAGAUUAAAGAGGUGGUCUACGGGAAGGGUGAGGCUCACACUCAGAGCCAGGCUCACCUCCACGUCCAGCCCUGCGCCCUGGGGAGUCCAGCCCAGACGUACAGUGGCCUCAGCAGUCAGCCAAGCCCCACAUCCCCCCCCGUCACCUUCUCAUCCUCCCCCAGUUCAAACAGUCCUCCUGCUGGCUCCAGAGUUUCCUCCAUGGUGACAGGCCCAGUGUCCAGCAGCAGCCCGUCCACUGCCCGCUUUUCCAGCCGUGCUACGUUUGCUGUGUCCAGCAAGACUAACAGCAUUGAGCGAGAAGAGCCAAUCGAAGUGGACCCCGCCCCCACACAUGCUGGCCUGGAGAAUGGACACGCUACCACAACAGAACAUUCAAUGUUGGUACACGGCGAGAUCUCUCCACCCGCUGACUCUCCACAUGAGCACACAGCUCCUGUCGCCAUGCGGAUGCCCCACCUCCCCAUCACCGCCACAACCAAGACAGCAGACGUCAAGGGCUCUCCCAACUCUCCCAGCAGUCCUGUGGGUUCCCGGUCCUCCCCGGUCUCUGAGGCCUCAUCUCCAGGUCAAACAAUGACGACCAUCAACCAGCCCCAAACGAUAGAGGAGUCUCAAGUUCAGUCUGUAUCUUCUAUGAAGACAUGGACUCCUACACCUAUCAGAACUCUGGGAUCUCCCCGCCUUCAGGAGAAGACUAAUUCAGCCCCUGCCAAGUCCGUGACCUACUCAGCCUUACAGCAGCAUGAUAGAGAUGGAAAUAUGAGCAGUGACGUGUCCUAUGGGCCGAUGGGAGAGAGAAGGCGGGAACUGGUGAGGUCACAGACUCUGCCUCGUAACAUCGGCGCUCAGGCUCGUCGAUCGAUCUUUGAAAGACUCGAUUCUGAAGCAAGUAACAGUCGUCCAAAAACAGUGGAGUCCAAACCCAAACUGAAGCGGUCCCAGAGUUUUGGGGUGUCCAGCGCUAGCAGCAUCAAACAGAUUCUUCUGGAGUGGUGUCGCUCCAAGACCAUAGGCUACCAGAACAUUGAUAUCCAGAACUUCUCGUCCACCUGGAGUGAUGGGAUGGCGUUCUGUGCCUUGGUCCACUCCUUCUUCCCCACUGAGUUUGACUACACCACUCUGUCGCCCGCCAACCGUAAAGACAACUUUGAGUUAGCCUUCCGAACUGCGGAACUGAAGGCCGGCUGUGACCGGCUGAUCGAGGUGGAUGACAUGAUGAUAAUGGGCCGUAAACCAGACCCCAUGUGUGUCUUCACCUACGUCCAGUCCCUCUACAACCACCUGCGCAAGUUUGAGUGAAGCUCAGCAACUCUGUGUUUCACUCGUCAACCUUUUCCAGCCUCCAGCAGCAGCAGCAGCAGCAGCAGCAGCAGCUUCUUCUUCUCUCAGCUGAGUGCACCUUCAGAGCAGACUCACUAGCACUUUGAAAUGAAAGUAUGCUGCUCUCUGGUGGUGGAUAAGUGAACAACUUUCAAACUGAUGCAGGAAACACACUCACUGAUUGGACAUCAUCCAGUGGUGUUAAUGCUAAUGACACAAACACACAUCAGGGCUGCUUGUCAAUAUUAGGUUUUUUUUUAGUGUGUGUGUUUGUAGCUGUGAUAUAUUAGUCAACAAGCUGAAAAUGUUGCUGUGUCUUCAUUAUAAUCACUAAAUAUUAUCCUCUCACACUGCACCUCCAGAAUGGAUGUUUCACAAAUGUCACUGAAGGCAUUUUUUAAUAGACACUUGACUAUGACUUAUGUCAUCAUAAGACAAAACACACUGUAGAAUAUCUUAUUAAAAUAAUUGUAGCUUUGUAAAACUGAAGUCAUUAUUCCUGAGUGAUGUUUACGUCCACACAUUCUUUUAUUUACUGAAAUGGAUUUGAGGAGAUAAAAUCAAUAAAUUUGCUGUUUGACAAAUAAA